CUGAGAAGUCAUGUGGGUGGAACUAAGACUGUUUCCUAUUUAGAGCCCUGUGGAUGUUAAAGAAGAAACAGAAUCUGUUUAAUCAGAGGUGUAGCAACAAUGAGUUCCAAACAGCAGUGUUUGAAUUUGAAUGAUGGUCAUGUCAUUCCUGUCCUGGGAUUUGGUACCUAUGCUCCAGAAGAGGUACCAAAGAGUAUGGCAAGAGUGGCCACUAAAUUAGCUAUAGAUGCUGGGUUCCGCCACAUUGAUUCUGCUUAUUUCUACCAAAAUGAGGAGGAGGUGGGGCUGGCUAUUCGAAGCAAGAUUGCAGAUGGCACAGUAAAGAGAGAAGACAUAUUUUAUACUUCAAAGCUUUGGUGCACAUUCCAUCGACCUGAGAUGGUCCAAUCUUGCUUGGAAACUUCACUGAAAAAACUUCAGCUGGACUAUGUGGACCUCUAUCUGAUUCAUUACCCAGUGUCCAUGAAGCCAGGGGAGGACCUGCUUCCAACAGAUGAGCAUGGAAAACUAAUACUUGAAAUGGUGGAUCUAUGUGCCACUUGGGAGGUCAUGGAGAAGUGUAAAGAUUUAGGACUGGCCAAGUCUAUUGGGGUGUCCAACUUUAAUCGUAGGCAAUUGGAGAUGAUUCUGAACAAGCCUGGACUCAAGUACAAGCCUGUGUGCAACCAGGUAGAAUGUCAUCCUUAUCUCAAUCAGAGCAAGAUGCUUAAUUUCUGCAAGUCAAAAGACAUUAUACUGGUUGCCUAUAGUGCCCUGGGAUCCCAUCGUGAGAAAAAAUGGGUGGACCAGAAUGCCCCAGUUCUCUUGAAAGAUCCAGUUCUUUGUGCCAUGGCAAAAAAACACAAGCGAACUCCAGCCCUGAUUGCCCUGCGUUACCAGUUGCAGCGUGGCAUUGUGGUGCUGGCCAAGAGUUUCAAUGAGAAUCGAAUCAAAGAGAACAUGCAGGUUUUUGAAUUCCAGUUGACUUCAGAAGACAUGAAAGCCUUAGACGGCCUGAACAGAAACAUGCGAUAUGAUGAUUUUGAUAUGACUAACACCCAUCCUAAUUAUCCAUUCUCUGAUGAAUACUAACAUGGAGACGUUUAUCCUGACAUCCCCCCAGAAGUUCCUGCGCAUGGAUACGGAUGUGUGAGAUCACUGAAACACAGAUUUUAGACUCAUUUCUUCUCAUCUAUUCAUGCUGUCCACUGACACUAUGGUGGAAUUAUAUUACAGUUUUGAAAGAAGGGCACCCAAUGUUUGUAACAUUUUGAAAAAUAUAAAUUCCUUACCCUAAAAAUA